UAUACCCACGAGGGACCGGAAAGUAAUUAUACACCCCUUAUUGUUUGUUUAUCGGAAAAAUUUAACCUAAAAAUCUAGAAAAACAUUCCGAAAGAUGAUAAUAUUAUUUUUCCAUGUGCUUUUUAUUUUGACGCGUUUUUUUAAGAACAAAAGAGAGAAAAUGGAUAAUAAUUUAGUAGUUGAGAGUGAUAAUGUUACGAAAAAUGAAGAAAAGACAAGUCUUACGGAAAAAGAUAUCGAAAAUUGUUUUUACGAUGACAACAAUUGUCAAAUUCGGUUCCAUCCGCCGCUUUAUAUUCAAAGGUACUGCGAAGUACAGAAAAUUUUGACUAAUGAUAAUUUUAAGGGAAAGUUGCGCAAGGUCGUCGAAUUUGGCUGUUCGGAGCUGAGUUUAUUCGUGUACCUCAAGAACACACCUUCGAUAGAAGAACUCCUGUUCGUGGACAUCGACCGAGAGGUUCUAGAACAAAACAAACGUAAGAUCGAAGCGCUGAGCGCGGAUUACCUUCACCUGCGAGAGCGUCCUCUGAACGUGUUCAUCUACGAAGGGAGCAUCAGCUCGAAAGACCGGCGGUUGGUGAACACCGACGCAGUGAUCGCGAUCGAGUUGAUCGAGCACCUGUACCCCGAAACUCUUUCCAAGGUCCCUGAAGUGAUCUUCGGGUUGAUGAAGCCUCAAGUCGCGAUAAUCACAACCCCAAACUCAGAUUUUAAUGUCUUGUUUCCUAAUUUCUCGGGGUCGCGCCACCCGGAUCAUAAAUUCGAGUGGUCCAGGUUGGAGUUCCAGACCUGGUGCUCACAAGUGACCUCCAGGUACCCGGAGUACGUCGUUGAGUUCUCCGGCGUCGGGGAAGGUCCUCCAGGUUCGGAGCACCUCGGGCCUUGUUCCCAGAUCGGGAUUUUUACAAAGAGCACCUUUGUCCCUGGAGAAGACUCUGCACCAGGAGUCGACCUGGAGGACGUCUUCGAGUUAGUGCACAAGGAGAAUUAUCCGGUGCUAGUUGACAACCGCUCGGACGAGGACAAGAUCUCCGACGAGGCUUCGUACUUCCUCCGGAGCUUCCACCUGAACAACGACCUGGACGAGAUGCCCCUGGAGCGGCUGGCCGAGAUCAUGGAGACCAGCAUGGAGACUCUAAGGGACGUCCUAGAAGCCCGAGGCUGGGAGCUGCUCGACCGCGACUCGGGAGUCUUCGUCGUCUGCAAGCCUCUCAGCGUCGUCUCCGAGUUCGACCUCUCGGACAUGGACGUCGCCGAUGACGUCGACGCCUCCUGGGAUCAAGAGUGGAAGCCUGGACCUGGUCCUAGAUAUAAUUGGCAGCCCAUUCCUGGUCCUGAUCACCAGGAUCACCAGGAGGCCGCCUCCCAGAUGACCUCCAAGAUGACCUUGGAUCUUGAAACUGACUCCGGGUAUCCUUGCACUUCUUCUAUUGUUGAUGUUACUCCCGAGAGCGAGUUGUCUAGUAUUGUGGAUGACCUCGAGGAAGCUCCCAGGCAGGAACAAGUCCUGGUCCAGGUUCAGGUGGAAAAUGGAGACCUGGCUAAUAAUAAUAGAGAUGGGGAAGGGAAUAAUGUCCUUGCGCGGGAAGGCGAUGGUGAUUUUGAGAAUGAAAAUGUUUUUUAGUUUUUUGGAGGGACUAGUCGUUCAAAUUAGUCCUAAUUGGACUUAAAUUAAAGCUUAAGGUUCAAAUUAACUAACAGGACUUGAAAUAAGUCUGUAUUGAUAUUAUUUUUUAAGUUAUGACUAAUUAAAGUUCGAAAAUUUAGAAUUCUAAAUUUGUUGUUUUUUUUCUAAUGUUGGUGAUUUUUGAGUUAUUUUAGAGAACUUAGUGGUUCUAAUGAGUCCUAAUUGGACUUAAAUUAAAGCUUAAGGUUCAAAUUAACUACCAGGACUUGAAAUAAGUCUUUAUUCUUAUUAUUUUUUAAGUUAUGACUAAUUAAAGUUUAA